AGUUGGCGAUGAGCCCCAACUCGUCCGAAGUGCACGUGUAUCGCUGGAAAGAUGGAAAGUGGGAUUUGUACGAUGUACUGACUGAGCAUGAGCAGAGAGUCACGAGCAUUGACUGGGCUCACAGUAGCAACAGGCUCGUCACCUGUGGAGCUGAUCGGAAUGCCUAUGUGUGGUCCUUCAAUGGCAGCAAGUGGAAGCCUACACUUGUAAUUCUGAGAAUCAACAGGGCUGCAACUUGUGUGAAAUGGUCACCCCUGGAGAACAAGUUUGCGGUGGGCAGCGGUGCUCGGCUGAUUUCUGUCUGCUACUUUGAGCAGGAGAACGACUGGUGGGUGAGCAAACACAUUAAGAAGCCCAUCCGCUCCACCGUGACCAGCAUUGAUUGGCAUCCUAACAACGUGCUGAUUGCGGCUGGUUCCUCGGAUUUCAAAGCCAGGGUGUUCUCCGGUUACAUUAAGGAGGUAGAUGAGAAGCCAUCCAGCACACCUUGGGGCAAGAAGAUGACACUUGGCAACAUGAUGGCUGAAUUCUCUAAUGGAGGAGGCGGCUGGGCUCACUGCGUAAGCUUCUCAGCAAGUGGCAACAAGCUGGCCUGGGUCGGCCAUGACAGCAGCAUCAGCGUCGUCGAUGCCGCCAACGAUAUGGCGAUAUCGACCAUCAAAACCGAUAAUCUACCUUACAUGACCUGUCAGUGGGUUACCGAGUACAGCAUCGUCGUGGCUGGCCACGACUGCCUGCCGUUUGUCUUCUGCCACGACGAGGGGAAGCUCAGCUUUGUCGAGAGGAUGGACGUGAAGACGGAGAAGGCGGCGAGCAAGUUCAGUGCCAAGGCCAUCUUUCAGAGCAUGGACAGACACGGCGAACGCGAGGGCACGGGAGUCGAGUGCGACACGCUGCACCAGAACGCGAUCAAACAGGUCACAAUCCACACUGGGACCAAGGCUGGGGCUAGUAAAAUUUCUACUUGCGGCGUGGAUGGUCAGGUCAUUAUUUGGGAUUUCAAGACACUGGAAUCCAGAAUUGCCAACCUGAGGAUCGUGUAAGGCGAGGCACAUACCUGGCUUCUGAUGAGAGCUCUCCUAAAUGCAUGAUGGUGCAGCUUAGCCUGCACUGGGCAGCGAAGGGAUUCUUGUUACCUCGGUAACAGGGUAAAAAAUACACGGGAGCGAUGAGCAAUUCGCUCUUCAAACCUCUGAAAUCGCUUCCGUGAGGCUCAAAAUAGCUCCCGUAAAAUGUUUGACGAGAGCUAUUUUCCCCACAGACUUGAAAAAGUGAUUUUUUUCCCCUGCUCGGUAAUUAAAACAAAUUUUAUAAAAUACUGUCAGUCAAUUAAAAUGGUAUGCAGCAUGCUGUCAGAUCAUGUGUUGAUUUCUAAAUAAUUGGAUUCUUCUAAAUUUUUCAUCGAAUAAGUGAAUGAUGGUAAAACAAUGGUUCAUGCUUAAUUGUAAAACCUUGUUUUGAAUUGCUGCUACAGUUUUCAUUAAAGAUUCAAUUAGGAUACAUGAUUCUACAGCUUCCACAGGCACACUUGAGGUUUCAUAAUUAAAUAAAAUUAUGCUAGCUGUGCUCGUCAUCUUGGUGUCUAAAUUGGCUCUGGUUUUGUGGACAUUGAAUCGGCUGACCGCAUGGUAUCAUUGUGCGGGGCUGUUCAUGGAUAAAUUUCCAAGCGAUAGAAAUCUAGUGAGUCUAUGCUGGGUUUCAGCUAUAGUCUCCAGCCAGGUUGGUAUGCAAUUAUAUGUCAGUGGAAUAAUAUGCAAUAUUAUCUAGAGUACAUUAACACCACUGCUAACUGCUGGUAAUGUACUCGUAAUAUUACUGUAUUGCUUUGAUAAGUUCCUUGUCUAUGUAGUUCAUAUUUUGGCAAAUAAUUGCUGGAUCAUGGAUUACAACAAUUUAUGUUUUCUCACAAAAUAAAUUUCAGCAUUAACUAUACAAUAUAUUCCGUUUUUGUAUGCGUAAGUUUUUAAUGUAAUAAAUGACCUGCUAUCAGUCAUGCAAAUCAU